AUGAAUGCAGCACCCUUCUCAUCGUUGCCACAAGAUCAAGCCACAGGUGGCUAGUUAGUUAGCUAGCUGUAGAAAUAGCGGGUGUUAUUCGACUGCUUAUGUAAACACAAAACUCCGUUUCCAUUUAAAGUUCAUAUAAAUUCAACACAGGUUACUAAAAGACUGUCGACUGUGUUAUCUGAGUUCGACAGGUCAGGUCUGAGACAGUUGCUGAGGGCGCACUGUUUGACAGCCAUGGAAGUACAGAGCAGCGGGGUGGUUCAACUUUCCCUCUGACAACUUUAGCUCUUUUAGCAAAUGCCCACAAUGGCGUCUGUUUUGGAGGAUCCAACCCUUGAGAGACACUUCAAGGGGCAUAAAGAUGCUGUCACCUGUGCAGACUUCAACCCAAACCGCAAACAACUGGCCUCGGGGUCAAUGGAUAAGAGCCUGAUGAUCUGGAAUCUGGCUCCAAAGGCGAGGGCUUUCCGCUUUGUUGGCCACCAAGACGUCAUCACUGGGGUGCAGUUCUCCCCCUUGGGUAACCUGGUGGCUACUUCCUCCAAGGACAGAACGGUCCGACUGUGGACACCUUCCAUGAAAGGAGAGUCAACAGUGUUCAAAGCCCACACGGCCGCUGUACGCAGUGUUGGUUUCUCCCACGAUGGCCAGAGACUGGUGACAGCGUCUGACGACAAGUCGGUCAAAGUGUGGAAUGUUCACCGGCAGUGCUUCGUCUACUCUCUCAACCAGCACACCAACUGGGUGCGCUGUGCCAGGUUUUCUCCAGAUGGGCGGCUAAUAGCUUCCUGUGGAGACGACCGUGCCGUCCGGCUGUGGGACACGUCCACCAAACACUGCAUCAACUGUUUUACUGACUAUGAUGGACCAGCAACGUUUGUUGAUUUCAACUCAAGCGGCACCUGUAUUGCAUCCUCAGGAGCUGACAGUUCACUGAAAAUCUGGGAUCUACGGACCAACAAGCUGAUUCAGCAUUAUCAAGUCCACAGUGCAGGAAUCAACAGCUUUUCCUUCCACCCGUCCAACAACUACCUGAUCAGUGGCUCCAGCGACAGCACUGUUAAAAUACUAGACCUGCUGGAGGGGCGCCUCAUCUACACCCUCCGUGGACACAAGGGCGCUGUAAUCACAGUAGCCUUUUCCAGGGCUGGAGAUCUCUUUGCCUCGGGGGGAGCUGAUGGUCAGGUGCUGAUGUGGAGGACAAACUUUGACACCAAAUCCUACCAGGAUGUCCUGCAACAACACAGCCGGAGGUCCACCCCGAUCCCCCACCCCACCUGACUGACAUUCACCCCAGAGGACCCCACCUUCACCACCCACAGCCCACAGCCAUUCAGAUCAGUCCAACAGUGGCAGACACUCAGUCCACUGAUCCGCAUGUCAUAGAGUUGGGCCAAGCUCUUCACAGCACCACGAUGUUAGCUGUGACGCCAGUUUGACCAGACAAGGUGUCCUCUACUGGACAGGCCUCCUGUCACAGACCUCUGUGUGUGCAUUUGUGGUUGUAUGCCCUUCCAUCGUGUGUGAAUGAGAGUAUAAUCCUUAUCAUGUGUAAAGUGGGUGAAGUAAGUGUGCUCUGCUGUCAUUUUUAGUGACUAUUCAGGCGCAUCCAUCAACUACGGGCAUGCAAGGCCAUUCAUGUUUGUGUAAUUCCAGUGUGUACGUGUCUGCAUUUACACAGACGGCCCCAUCCCCACUCCUCGCUAGCUUCCUGUGCAGGGGAAGUACAGGAUAUUGGAUGGCCCGGAGGUUUAGAUACCAGAUUUAAGUGCUGUAGAGGAGAACACGAGUGACAAGACGCAACGAAAAUGAGCUAAAAAUAGUAACAGCCCUGGGGGGGAGGGGGGUUCACUUUCCACUGCAUAACACCCUCACACACAUAUCCCCACACACAAACAUACACUGUUACACUCAAGCAAACAUGCUCGUGCACACUCAGUGAAAGCACAAUCAAAUACGUUCAUUCAUACUGUAUUCUCUCAUACACUGUUAAAAUCACACUGACUUCCCUGCUUGCAUGUACGCAACGUUAAGAACUCAAAUAGCUACAGUUAUUGGUAAGAAGAUGAAAAACAAUCCAGCAUGUCCAGUUUGAGUGAUCCAUCCAAAGCUUUUCACCUAAACACUGCUAUAAGACAGGAUUUUACAACGGAAGUUAUCAUGGUGACAAUCAUUUCAUCCUUUGUCUUGACAAUGGUCACGUAAUAGAAAAUACGUGUGUGCUUACAAGUAUUUGAUCUGGCAGCGUUAUGUGUUGCCAGAUGAUAUUGCAUUGCGGCAAAAGUUGAGCCAGCAAAAAAAGUUUGGCCAAACUUACUGCCAGAUGAUCCUACAUUUCUUGUUGGAGCUCUCUGCACUAGGACGUCAGAUAGGCCAACUGUUCACUACCAGCCCAGCACAAAACAGCAAAAUAAGAGGUAAAACGGUGACUGGUGGAAAAAGGUUGAGCAUUUAGCUAGACAGAGAUAUUUUUCUCAGGAGAGGUGGAGUCCAAACCAGAGCUAAAAGUGCAUAUUGAAGUCCCGUGGGAUGCUCAUGUUGCUCGGUGUCUGCUGCAUGUGCAAAUAGGCCUUUGUUUGGCAUAAAUAAGUCAGGUGAGAUCCUCCUUCUAGUGGGCAGAAAGCACUCAAUGCAGCUGUAAGUAUUUGAUGAGACCUUGUGUAACUGGAAUUUUUUCAUUCAACCUUUAUUUAAAUCUCGAGGAAUCAUUGAGGGCAUGCCCUCGUUUUCAGUGAUCCCAAGUACAAAACAGAAUAAAUACACACAAAAAAUAAGUAACGAGAAAACAAACAGAUAGCAACAGAACACAGUUAAAAACACUGGAUAUUACAUGACUCCUGACCAGUCGAUCACCCCAAUGACAGCUGAGUCAAAGCGGAAACCUGUCUUGGGACACGGCGUACGUCAUGUAAUGCUUUGUUUUGCUGCAAGACUCCCUAUAGCAGCUCCAGUCUGCUUGGUGCCGGCAUGCUAGUGUUCAAAAACUUGAUCUUCCUCAUCAAAAAUACAAGAGGAGGGCAAGCCUUAUCACUAAUUCAAGAGGAUUCUCUCUUCGGAUUCCCAUCCGUCCUCCCCCCUCACCUCUCUCACCCUUCAGUGUUUUUGAUAGGUUUUCAAUGUAGUGAGUUCCCGGGACUCUCAGGUGGUCAUUUGAGUGUGUUUGUUGACAAAUUGUAGUGUUAAACUCGUGUUUAGGGAUGGCUAUUUUAUCGAUACUCUUAUCUAUACUCUUAUUGGUUCUUUUUCAUUACUAAAUAAUUGCUUUUUGAAAAAUAUGUUCUUUUCACAACAAUUUUGAAAUUUCUGAAAUAGUGCUGAAAUGAUUGGUUGAUUAGUCAAAUGACUAAUUAAUCAUAAAUCUAUUAACUGUUAGCCAUUUGUGAGGAAAAAAUGCCCAACAUUUACUGCUUCCAGCUUCUCAAAUAUUACAAUUUGCUUCUUUUUUGUUUUAUAUAAUUGUAAAUUAAAUAUGUUUGGGUUCUGUAAUGUUGGAUGGACAAAAUAAAUAAUUUGAAAAUGUCAUGUUGUACUGGGGAAUUGUGAGAGGGAAACAUUUUUUUCUUUUUUCUCACAUUUUAAAGACUAAAUAAGUAAUUGGUUAAUGGAAAAAGUAAUCAACAAAUUAAUCAGUAAUGAAAAUAUACAUUUGUUGCAGACCUACUCUAAAACAAACCUAAAGACUAAUAUACAGUAUUGUAUUUUACAGUGUUGAAGGACAUUAGAGACCCUGAAGACCUUGUCAUUUUGCAUACUGCAUUGUUCUGAAUGUGUAGAAUAUGUAGAAUGAAGGUGAGACACGUGGAAGCAUGUGGCUUGAUGACGAUAUGGUAAUGGUACGAUCUGGAUCAGGAUCUGUUUUUAAAGUGAAAUACCAACAAGAACAAAACUACGCCAGUGACUCCCAAUGUCAGUAUCAGUAAAUUGGUUUAUAUCCAGCCCUAUUAAAAUGCUUAAGGGGUGACUUUGUGUAAAAUUCAUGUGAUGGGCAAAUUCAUAAGAUGACCAUAAUAAGCCUGCCAUAAUGGGGGCUGCCCAUUGUUGCUUCGUAGGUCCAUUGCUCCGAAAAUAGGCACAUGGGAGAAGUUUGCCAGAAAGCCUUUCUGCCAGUUAACACGUGGUUAACGUUGUGAAACGGUCGCAGUUUGGUUAGGUUUAGGCACUAAAACUACUUGGUUAGGUUUAGGAAAAGAUCAUGGUUUGGGUUAAAAUAAUAAGUCAACAAUGACUUUUCCCACCGUUUCCCACAGGACAUGAACAGUGGUCUCCUGGAUGAAAGUCCUGUGUCGGUGGGGGUUUUGCCCUUAAUAGGCUAUCUUAGGCCUUCGGAGCAAUGGCCGUUUGUUUUCGGGAAUAAAAGGCCGUCGGAGCAAUGGCAUGGUACCGUCAUAAUAUGGUUUCAUGUUUUUCUCCUUGACACAUUACAAUUAUUUCUGAGCUGUUUAGUUUGUUUCCUGUUACUCUAAGAGCUUCCCUCCGUACAUGUCACCUCCGCCAUCCUUCCACAUCCAACCAACCCCCAGCCCUCUGAAUGUGCUCUCUCAAGGGUACAUCUUGUAUCCUCAGGGGCCUCAGGGGAACGUGCUGACAGUCGGUCCACGCAGAAGGCUAAAAAUAGCCAGGCAGGUCUAUUACAGGUACCAGGGACACCUGAAAGGCAAAUGAUUAUGUGUUUUGUUUUCUUCCCCGCUUGCUGUUAUCCCUGCCUGGAGAAAUGGGAGGAUGAGAGAUGAAAACAGAACUUGGAUGAAAUAAAAAAGAGCAGACACAAGAUUUGAUUAUGUUGUGGUCAUCUUGCCUGUAAGAUCCUGGCAAGGAGAGAGAGAGAAAAAGACGAAAAACAUUCGUGGAACUCUGCCUUCCCUUCCCUUCCCCUACCUUUUUAAUGAUUCUGUUUGUGUCCUCGUGCAAGGAUUGAGUCUUUGAGUGUGUAGAUUUUCUUCUCUAUUUGCCUUUUCCAUUCUCUCGUAUGUAAGUCCCAGUGAAGGUUGUUAAAAAAAUAAAAUAAUACAAAAGUAUUUUUUAUACAUAUCUAUUGUCUUUACUUGUAGGAUUAACAAACCAAGAUGACCAUGAAUUGAACUCAACCAAGAUAUACUCUU